UCUUUGUGCUCUAUAAAGGCUCUAUAUGUGUACCAUUGUGUUGUUUCCUAACGUUGUGCAGCAAGUUAAAUAAUUACUAUUUUGUAUGAAAGUUCUAAUAUAAAAGAGUAAGAAUAAGUGUGAUCAUUUCUGGCAAUUUUUUAUUUAAUUAGAAUAAAAAGACACGUAAAAUAUAAGUUAUAAUGUGUCUUCCAAGUAUAUCUGGCAUUCCAGAUAAACAUUGGCAACCACCUUUUGUUGCUUUUGAAACCACAAUGGGCGAAAUAACCUUUGAAUUAUACUGGAAACACGCUCCUAUUACAUGCAGAAACUUUGCUGAGCUCACGCGGCGUGGAUAUUAUAAUGGUACAAAGUUUCACAGGAUCAUCCGUGACUUUAUGAUUCAAGGUGGAGAUCCUACUGGAACAGGAAAAGGUGGAAUGUCAAUAUAUGGAGAAGCUUUUGAUGAUGAAAUCCAUGAUGAUUUAAAACACACAGGUGCUGGAAUAUUAUCAAUGGCAAAUUCUGGACCAGAUUCAAAUGGGUCACAAUUUUUUGUAACGCUUGCACCUACUCAGUGGCUUGAUGGUAAACAUACUAUAUUUGGUAGAGUUCAUUCUGGCAUGACAAUAGUGAAGAGAAUUGGUCUAGUUGAAACGGAUAAAAAUGAUCGACCGGUAGAUGACGUUAAAAUUGUGAAAGGCUCUAUGAAGAAUGCAUAAAUUCUUAUGGAAAAAAAUAUUUUACAAAGAUUGAAUACAAAAUGAAUCAUACUUUCUGAAUUUUAAGAUAUAAGAUAUUGUACUAAAUAAAAAUUACAUUUUAUAUGCAUAUAA